AAUGUUGUUAAUGGGGCACACUGCACCAGCUGACUGAGGUGACCCUAGGAGAGCCACACUAGGACUUUGUAGGGAUGGAAAGGCUUAGUUAAUUAAACCCAGUCGACUGCAGCCCGAGAGAACAGCAGGAAGAGGAGCGAGCACACCGUGCAGCACAACAAAGCUCUGAAAAUGGCCUCAAUUCUGCAUAAGCUGAUGACCCCACUGUUCAGUGGUCCUCCUGAGCCCCCCAGGAAUAAAGUGACAGUGGUAGGCGUGGGCCAGGUUGGCAUGGCUUGUGCUGUCAGCAUCCUUCUCAGGGAGCUGGCUGAUGAACUGGCCCUGGUGGAUGUGAUGGAGGACAAGCUGAAAGGAGAGAUGAUGGACCUGCAGCACGGAAGCCUCUUCCUCAAAACCCCCAAAAUAGUGGCAGAUAAAGACUACUCUGUGACGGCAAACUCCCGCAUCGUGGUGCUGACGGCUGGAGUCCGUCAGCAGGAGGGAGAGAGUAGGCUGAACCUUGUCCAAAGGAAUGUCAACAUUUUCAGACACAUUGUCCCUCAGAUCGUCCGAUACAGCCCUGACUGCAUCAUCAUCGUGGUUUCAAACCCAGUUGAUGUGCUGACAUAUGUGACUUGGAAGCUCAGCGGCUUUCCCAAGCACCGUGUCAUCGGCAGCGGCACCAACUUGGACUCGGCACGCUUCCGUUUCCUGAUGGCCGACAAGCUGGGAAUCCACGCCAGCAGCUUCAACGGCUGGAUUCUAGGAGAGCAUGGAGACACCAGUGUGCCUGUGUGGAGUGGAACAAACGUGGCUGGGGUCAGCCUGCAGACAUUAAACCCGGACAUCGGCACUGAUCUUGAUGACGAGAACUGGAAGGACACCCACAAGAUGGUGGUAGACAGUGCCUACGAGGUGAUCAAACUGAAGGGUUACACCAACUGGGCGAUCGGUCUGAGUGUAGCUGACCUGACAGAGAGCCUCAUGAGGAACCUGAACAGGAUUCAUCCCGUUUCCACCAUGGUGCAGGGCAUGUAUGGAAUCAGUGACGAGGUCUAUCUGAGUCUGCCCUGCGUGCUGAACGGUGGAGGCGUGGCCAGUGUUAUCAACAUGACCCUGACAGAUGAUGAGGUGGCUCAGCUGCAAGGCAGUGCCAACACGCUGUGGGACAUCCAGAAGGACCUGCAAAACGUCUAACAGAACAGAGGGGGGCGCCGUAACUGCUUCUUCCUGACUGCUUCUCAUCCACAGUAUCAGCACUCUGCAGUCACAGAACGCCAGCACAGCUCCACCUUUCAAACCUGUAACUCACCACCCUCUGUAGAUUCACAGGCGUUUACUGGGAUCUAAUCCCAUCAGAUUUAGCUGUAGGUGUCAGUUUGUGCAGAGAACAAAUGUGACAUCAACCGGGUGAAAUGCUGCUCUGACUCAUUUGUCCUCGGCUGUGAUGCAGCUUGGGCCACUCAUGUUUCUCUGAUGUGUAAUAAAGAGGGUUUGUUGGUCUUUGAA